CUAUCGAUAUAGUCCAGCCCUGGCAUUGCAACGCGUGGCGGUGAAACGUGUAAAAUUUUAUACGAAUUUUGGCAACAAAUUUGCCAAUUUAACGACAAAAACAAACUGUUUGUUGUCAGGCAGCCUCUAAAGAGUUGUAUAUAAAUCGAAUCCAUUGCUGCCACAGAGCUGAAGAAGAAGAGAAAAAGAACUGAAGACUGAAAAGGAGAAGGUGACUGAAACGAUUAAAGUUUCUUCACACGCAUACAAACAAAAAAAACAUACAGAGACACAGACACAAAGCAGACAUUGAGUUGAGUGCACGAGAAAAGCGACGACGACGUCCAAGUUGGCAACGAAACGUUGAAAACACACUAAAAAAGCAACAAAAAAACAGCACACAAAUUGAAAGGCUGCUCUGUCUACGCAGCUCUCCACCUCCUCCAACUAAUCUCCAAUCUCCUCGCCGACAACAGUCAACCGCGUGUUUGUGUUUGUUUGUGCGUGUGUGAGUGCGAGCGAGUGCGAGAGUAGAAGCAGUUGAAGAAGAGGAGGGCAAAAGUGUGUCGACGUCGUCGCCUGUGUGAGUGCGUGUGUGUGUGUGCGUGCGUGCGGCGAAGAAAAAAAGUGAAAAUUUCCACUAAAGAAGAUUGAAAAGCAGCAGCAGUAAUAGCAAUGGCAGCACAGGAAAACACCGAAGUAACAACAAAAUUCUCCACAUUGAAUGUGAAUGCAGUGGAAUUUGUGCCCAGUUUUAGUUACAACAGCAGCAGCAGCAGCAGCAACAACACCAGCAGCAGCGCAGCAGCAGCGGCCGUUGCCGUAUCAGCAGCAGCAACGCAAGCAGCGUCCGUCCCUGCGCCGCAGUCGACAGCACAACAACAGCAGCAGCAACAACAACAGUCAUUGGAAAAUGCAAUUGCGCCUGGAAGUGAAAUGGAUACGAGCGGACUUCCAUCGCUGCCGCCAUCUGCAAGUGGAACACCGGCAACAACGCCCGAUUCAACGGGCAGCGCUGCUUCCACUACAAAUAAUGCCGCCGGUGUCGUGGUCGCAGCUGCAACAGCAGCGCCCUCAUCGGCAGCAGCAUCAAAUUCGACGUCGCCAGCGCUAGGUUCGCCUGUUAACACGCCCUUAACAGCGGCAGCGGUGCCCAUUGAGAAUAUUAUUGCAGCGGACAAAAUAUCAGCCAACAAUGAAACCGAUCCGGCUGAUAGCUGGGAUGUGGAAGAUGAUGCGAUUAUAACACCCGAGGAUGAAGAAGCUGAGGAUGCUGAAUUCACUGAGGGUGGCGAGGCAACGCCGAAAGUAUCCAAAAAGAAGAUCGUCAAGGUGGAGGAGAACAGAAGCAAGAGGGAGCACGUGAACGUUGUCUUCAUCGGACAUGUUGAUGCUGGCAAAUCAACAAUUGGCGGUCAGAUUAUGUCGCUCACCGGCAUGGUGGACAAACGGACACUGGAGAAAUAUGAGCGAGAGGCACGCGAGAAAUCUCGCGAGAGUUGGUAUCUCUCCUGGGCGCUGGACACAAAUCAAGAGGAGCGCGACAAGGGUAAAACUGUCGAAGUGGGCCGUGCCUUCUUCGAAACGGAUCGCAAACAUUUUACCAUUCUGGAUGCGCCUGGACACAAGAGUUUUGUGCCGAAUAUGAUUGGUGGUGCGGCGCAAGCGGAUCUCGCAGUGCUCGUCAUCUCAGCCCGCAAGGGUGAAUUCGAGACGGGCUUCGAUCGUGGCGGACAGACGCGUGAACAUGCCAUGCUCGCAAAGACGGCGGGCGUCAAGCAUUUGGUGGUGCUGGUGAAUAAAAUGGAUGACUCGACAGUGAAUUGGGAUCAGACGCGUUACAACGAAUGCAAAGACAAGAUACUACCAUACCUCAAGAAGCUGGGCUUCAAUCCAGCCAAAGAUCUUACCUUUAUGCCUUGCUCGGGCCUCAGUGGCUAUGGCCUUAAGGAUCAAGUGCCCGAAUCUCUGUGCACCUGGUACAGAGGACCGGCCUUUAUACCCUUCAUCGAUGAGCUGCCCUCGCUGAAUCGCAAUCUCGAUGGACCCUUCAUCAUGCCCAUUGUGGACAAGUACAAGGACAUGGGCACCGUUGUCAUGGGCAAAGUCGAGUCGGGCAUGGCACGCAAGGGACAAAAUCUGCUCGUCAUGCCAAAUAGGACACAAGUGGCUGUGGAUCAACUGUUCUCAGAUGACUUCGAGGUGACCUCUGUGGGUCCCGGCGAGAAUGUCAAGAUCAAGCUGAAAGGCAUUGAGGAGGAGGAUGUGUCGCCUGGUUUUGUGAUCUGUGAUGCCGCCAAUCCGAUUAAAACUGGCAAAAUCUUUGAUGCUCAGGUCGUUAUAUUAGAACACAAAUCAAUUAUCUGUGCGGGCUACUCGGCCGUCAUGCACAUCCAUUGCGCCGCCGAGGAAGUGACGGUCAAGGCACUCAUCUGUUUGGUUGACAAGAAGUCGGGUGACAAAUCAAAAACACGUCCAAGAUUCGUAAAACAGGAUCAGGUGGCAAUAAUGCGCAUCGAAUGCUCGGGAAUGAUUUGCCUUGAACAAUUUAAGCUAUUCCCACAAAUGGGACGCUUUACGCUGCGAGAUGAAAAUAAAACCAUUGCCAUUGGCAAGGUACUCAAGGUGAUCGAAUAAAUUGAGCCAAGCUAAAUUUGAGCGCCUUUCACUUUUGGCUUUAUGCAACCCAAAAUUCAACGUAUGAUGCAGAUGACGACAAGGAAUAUAUAUAUAUAUAUAUAACUCUACAUAUAUGAUGAAAACAACGCCAAUGCCAACGCCAACGCCACGCUUUCUAUACACACACACACAACAAACACACACACACACGGCACACACUCCUACACACACGAAAUACUUUCACCACAAUUAUGUAUGCAUAUACCCAACAACAACAACAAUAGCAAUUGAUUAUGAUAAUGGUUAGAGAGAAGAUUUAUAUAGCAAGUAUCUGAAAAAAAGCAAAAAAAAAAGAAGUAAAUGAGAGAUCAACAGAGAGAGAGAGAGAUAGCAACAGAAAUGCAUUAUAUCUAAAUAUAAAA